AGAUAUAAAUUGCAAUACUACAACACUUAUCCCAUUCUAUCUUUUAUUAGUGUCUACCAAUUUUUUGUUACUUGCCUUUACGCAUUCUUGGAUUAGCUAUGACACAUUCACUCUCUCCUCUCUUACCGGCUGCUCACGCCGGCAGCCUCUGCUCUCCAUCACCGCGGUCACAGCCGCAGACUCCUCCCAUCAUCCUUCAAGUCCCACAAAUUAAUCGCAGGGCAAUUGUGGUGGGAUUAGGUGGUUCGUUAUUGAGUUGGAACGCUCUGAACGGUAAGGAGGAGGCAAUGGCGGCAGCAAGACGGCCGCCUCCACCACCAGCAGUUGAGAAGAAAGAUCCGAAUGUGAGUGGAGUUCAGGCUAAGGUAUUAGCGAGUAAGAAGCGUAAAGAGGCAAUGAAGGCCUCCAUGGCUAAACUUAGAGAGAGAGGCAAAUCUGUUGUUGAUGAAGAAAAACCAUCUUCAUCUUCUCCUUCUGCUCCUGUUGUUUUUAAAGAUGAGCCAAAUCCUUCUUCUGUUUCUGUUGUUGUUAAAGAUGAGCCAACUCCUUCUGCUGCUCCUGUUGUUGUUGAAGAUGAACAAACUCCUCCUUCUGCUUCUGAUCAAUAGUAUCCAAGCAAAAUGGUCUAAACCUUUCUAUUUAUCUUCUCUACCAAAUUUUAUCCUAUCAUGUUAAUUCGCACUACUGUACUUUAAUUUAUUAUUCUGGUGACUAUGUGGUACCAGAUCCAUCAGUAAUUUAGUUCUGAAAUCA